GAGCAGUAUGGGUCACAGAGGAAGCCCAUGUACAAGCCUGGUCAUUCAGUGGCUGUGAACAGUGCUUGGUUUUCAUCUCACUCAUAUGUGGAGGAUCGGAGGCAGCCAGACCUGUAGUGGGUUGCUAUGGCAGUAUUGUUGUUACUCUUCAAUGGUGUACUUAUUUUUCUCCUGCUACAUGUAGGUGAUUGCCUACAGGGGAAACCAAAUCUCUGUGAUUUAAGUUGUUCUGGAUUUCCUACCUCUGAAUUACUCUAUCAGAAAGGGGUGAGAUACACUUACAGGUAUAGCACGACAAUUACCAGCACCCUUCACGGCUCCACUGGUGGCAGGAAUGGUCUGGCUUUGGACUGCCUGGUUGAUAUUGACGUGGUCUCCAAGUGUCACCUAAUGAUGCAGAUAAGGAAUCCACAGAUAAAACGGCUUUCCCCUCAAAAGGAGCACUCUGUGCAGCAUUUAAAAAGUCUGAGGGAGUCACUGGAGAGAACACGCCUCAAGUUCUCCCUCCAGAGGGGGAAGGUCACGGCCCUCUGUCUGCAGGAGGGGGAGCAGGUGUGGGCUCUGAACAUUAAAAGGGCUCUACUGAGCAUGUUCCAGACGUCCCCCAUGGCUUCCAAACUGACAUUAGAAAAUGAGACGGAUGUGUACGGCACCUGCAUCAGCAGGUACGAGAGGCGAGGACAUAUACUACUGAAGACCAGGGAUCUAAAACAGUGCCAUCAGUCCAGGCUGGCAAACUUCUGGCCUCAUUCAGUUGCUCUGAGUGAAGACACAUCAGUGCAUUUGGAGCUACAGUGUGCUCAGCGCCAUGGCUCUGUAAUGGAAGAGGUUAACUGUACUGAGGCUGUAUCCAUGAUGACAUGGUCCAGGACUACAGGGAUGGUGAAAACCCAAACAGUGUCUAAGCUACUCUUGCUCAGAGCCCAGCCAGGAAGUCCUCUAGGAGCAGAUUCCUUAGGCACUCGUGUGCCAGUUGACCUUCAGUUUGAGGAUGAAGGAGCUGCAAGGCUGGGAAAAACUAGACCAGCAACACCACAGGAAGUUGGUCAGACUGUCAGGAUGUUAUGCAGCCUCACCUCAGACCCACAACUGGUAUCACAAGAGUUUAUUCAACUGGUGUUCCAGCUGAAAGAUCUGACUAUCUCUCAGCUCAAGACACUUUGGCAAGAAGCUUCUUUCAAGUGCCGCAAUGACUGGCAGCCGCUGUUGGAUGCACUGCCGGCAUGUGGAUCUGAAAACUGCAUCAUAUUACUGACUGACCUGAUGAGGAACAAAGAGGUGGAAGAAGAGCAGGCUCUCUCUCUCCUUACCACCAUAGCCCUCGUCCCUCAUCCUUCGUCAAAGAUCAUCUCCUCCAUCAAUGCUUUAACAGAGCUCCCAGAGCUGCGGUCCAAGACUCUGUUGGCUGGAUCAUCUCUAGUCUAUCAGUUGUGCCGGAGGUCUCAAAACUCCUGCACUGAGCUUUCUCAGGUACAGACCUUUAUGCAGAUCCUUGAGAAAACCCUUCAGGAGGGCUGUGAAGGAGAAGAACCCACUCAGGUGCAAGAGGUUCUUUAUGCUUUAAAAUCAGUGGGAAACACUGGUGUGUCUGCUUCUGCCUUCAUUCCCCUGCUAAGCCGUUGCAUGCUGAGCUCCUCAGCAGCCCUGCAGCUUAGGCUUGCUGCAAUCCAUGCCUUCAGACGCUUUCCCUGCUCAGCUGAUAGGUCUGUGCUGUUGCAGCUGUACAGCUCUUCCCAGGAGGAUACUGAGGUCAGAAUCGCCGCAUACCAGCAGCUCAUGCGUUGCUCUGACCUGGAUGUGUUUGAAGUGGUGAAGACGACCCUGAGGAGUGAGACUUCCAGUCAAGUGGGCUCAUUCGUGUGGAGUCACCUGACUAAUGUCCUGAGGAGUGAGGACCCCGCUAAGCAAGCCCUCAUUGAGUCGCUGCCCGACGACAUUAUCAGCAGAGAUUUUGAAGCCGAGUUUUUAAAAUAUUCCUCCUAUUCAGACUAUACUGUCUCAUCAGGCGUCGGAAUCAAGAAUGUGGAAACAUCUCUAAUUUUCUCCCCAAAAUCAUUUCUACCAAGAUCUGCUUCUGCCAACUUGACCGUGUAUUUUCAUGGCAGAGCCCACAACCUUCUAGAGGUGGAUCUUCAUGUUGAAAAUGCUGAACCAUUUUUAAAGAGCAUCUUUGGGCAGCAGCAGACAGAGAGAGAAAACGCAGCUCAAAGUGGAAAGCACGAGGCCAGGAGCACAGGGAGAAAGAACGACGAUGGGCGUAGAGGAGAAAAAGAGACGUGUUUAUCGAGCACUGACAGCUACCUGAACCAGGCCCGAGAAAUGUUGUCUGGAAGAAAGAAAAUGGAUGCGAACAUGCCCAACUGCUGGGUCGGUGUGAAGGUGUUUGGGAAUGAGCUCAGCAUGUUCACAUGUGAAGAUCUCUACAAUCAAAUCAACCAGGUGUCACUGAGCAUGGCUGGACUGGCUGUCAGACUGCUUAAGGGUCACGAGGUGCAGCUGAACCACAGAUCCACGUUGAUGGCAGAGGAGCUGGCUUUGCCAUCUCUGUCUGGUUUACCCGUCAAACUGGGCGUCAACAUGACCUCCCUUCUUUCACUGCAUCUGAAAGGCAGAGUCAAUUACAGGGAUUAUUCCCAUUUCUCCCUGAAUGGAUACAUCAAACCCAAUGCCUAUGUGAGUCUCUCGGCCAGGAUGGGGGUUGACGGGGCUCUGGGUCAGGCUGCGGUGGAGUGGGUGGCUGAGCUGAGGAGCUCCACGAAUCUGGACGGCAGCAUCCAGCUGCAGGAGGGGCAAGAUUUCAGGGUCACGCUUAACACACCUGAGGACUUAAUGGACAUCUUCUCUCUCAGCUCGAGAGUGUUUCAGCUCAGCGGAGACCACAGAGAGGAGAUAAAGGGGCCAAAGAGUCGAGUACAGAAGACCACCUGCACACCGAAAACCUGGUCCAAGAUGGUGGGUUGGCAGCUGUGCUCCAACACCUCUUACCCAUCCCUUGCCACAGGUGUUGCUUUCCUCCCCUCUGGACCAGUGCACCUCUCCCUCAGACUGCUGAAGCUGGACAGAGGCCUCCAUUACUAUCUGCUUGAGGCUGCUUACUCAAUACAUCAUCAGAGAGGGACCUGGCUUCCCAGGGAGGCCUCCAUCCACCUCCUGCUAGCCACUCCUCAGUCCUCCAUCCCGAGAGACAUGUCUCUGGAUCUGGCCUUCAGCCCUCGCAGACUGCUGCUGAAGAUCAUUCAUCCUCUGAAAAGCAUCCAUAUACAUGGUCAACUUGAGCAAGAGAGGAACACUAAAUCAGCAAAGCUGGAGCUCAUGAUUGAUGGUGUUCAUCAUUACAUCAUGGGUUUGAUGGACACCCAGACCUUCCUGUCGGAGCAGAGGACUCGCUACCACCUUGAAGCCAAGAUGGCCCCCGAUCGACAUCCCAUGAUCCUCUCUGCUAAUAUAACUCGUGGGCUGGGGGGCAAAACAAGCUUUUCUGCCACUGUGAAAAAUGUGUUCAGAGAGCCUGCAUCGCUGUUGGUGGCCCUGGAACGCAGGCGGGAUGGCAGCAGCAAGCAGUACUCUGUGGAGGCGGAGCUCCUCCUACCUGGUGUAGUCGGCAGCAAGACGCUCGGGGUGAUGGAGCAGAGGGGCUCACUGUGGAGCUCUGUGCUCAGGCUCAAGUAUGGUUUGGGAGUUGAUUCUCGCCACCUCCAUCAGGAGUGCUACACAUCUCAGAGAGUGAAGAGCGAGAGGGAUGCAAACCUCACAUACAUCAUGAGAGCCGAUCAUGAAUUCUACUGCACCAGCACCGCUCCUAUUAACCAUAAGAUACACCUCAGGCACGAGGAAAGCUUGAGCCAUGUUAAAUCAUCUUUGGAUAUUAGCUACGGCAAACACUGGGAUGAGAUAAACAACAAACACACGCUUCUCCUGAGCCAGUCUUUCAAAAACCAGUCCACAGAGAAUCACACCCACUACACUCUGGAGUUCAAUCUCCAGGCACCGGAGAAAAACAUGAACUACAGGACUCAGCUGCUACACUCUCACCUAACACAGCAAGGCUCUGAGAGAAGCACUCAUUUAAAAAUCAAUUACAACAAUCUGAUGCCGCUGGUGGCUGGAUUACACUGGAAAAACCCUCCUAAAGAUGCCCUGCACAAGAUAUGGGAGGGAUCGUUUAAUAUGGACACACCAUGGCUGUACAUUUACACUGCACAUAAGUUAAACCAGCUGCAGAGCCAAACGCUGCAGCUGACCUCUGAGCUGACAGCCAGCAAGUGGCUGACCAUCCGUAACCUGGUCCUGGAGGGUUUUUACAGGGACAGGGGGAGAGAGAAGGAGGCCCGAUUGGAGCUCUACACGUCAGCAAUCACCUACAUCCAAGCGGGGGGCUGGGGUUUGCUGGGGAAGCGGAGUGUGAAGGCCUCGUGCUCCUUGAGCUCGCUGUGGACUCCUCCCCUCCAAGGAGACAUUUCUCUGGAGGCCUCUAAAUUCAGCCACACCCUGCAAAUGGCCUCCACCUAUGGCAAGCAAAAUGUAACCCUCGCUGCUGCCCUGACCGCUGCUGAUAAGAAUUUGAAAAAGAGGCAAGGGAUUCUGAAGAUGACCUACACAAAUCCAAAGAGUCUACCCACUGAAGUGGAGCUCGAGGGAGUAGUAGAGGAGCUGAAGAACGACAAGAGGAUGUAUAAGAAAACUGCCAUGCUCCAGCUCAGACAGCCCUUCCAGACCUUUCCUCCAACUCUCCUCCUCCGGGAGACUUUCACCGUCGACCUCCUCAAUGGCCUCUACGUCCUAGAGUCCAAAGCUGGUUUCAGUGACAACAGAGAGGUCGUCCACACCCUGACCCUGGGCUACCGACCACCGAGCCCUUUUGUUUGUUCUGCACUCAUCCACCCUUUCAGCGCCGACGCUAUUCCAUCAGACUCGGAAAUCUGUGUGACCGUAACCAGCAACCAGAACCAGAGAAAUAUACAAGGGAGGUUACGAGUUGGAAGCAAGGAGAGACUGACUUUCUCAGGGCAGCUUCAGCUGAACCCUACGCAUUCAACUCACCAAGCAAUAAAAGUUAAAGGCAACUUUUUCCAUCAGCUCCAGCUGCAGCUCCCCUCCUCUGCUUUAAUAGAGGGAGAUGUACUUUGGACCCCAAAAAGCAACAAUGACUUUGAUUACCAGGCCAAAGGGAAACUAAGAAUAGAGCGGCAAGAGUGCCAGCUUUCUGUGCAGCUGAAUGGAACAUCAGGCAGAGUUGGUCUGUAUUCAUCUCUUCGUCAUCCCUUCAAGUCAAAGAUUCCCAAAACAUUAGAGACGUCUGCAGACAUGUCCAUGGUGACUGGCAAAGGGAGCAGCUCGGUGCAUGUGAGGGCUGACGGGAAGGACAAGCUGAAGCUGAAUGCGGACAUGUCCCACUACAUGCAGACGGGAGACAGAGCUGUAGGGCUGAGGCUGAACUUAUCCCAGAGCCUGCUACCUACAGCCACGGAUCUACAUGUAAACAUAGCAGGGAACGUGUCUUCAGACAGUGUCUUUCUACGUGGCUCCUUCACACAGGGAAUGCAGGCUCUGCUGGCCCAGCUCAAGGGGUCUUUAAAACACUCACAGGGGAUCCAGAUGGCUGUGACAGGGGACUUGAGGCACAUGGUGACCAGCCUAGAUUUCUUGCCUCCAGUCCUCGGGUUGGAUGGAGCAUUGGGGCAGUCUGACAGUUUAAUCGAAGGACAGCUGAGAGUUAGAUUGAUGGAGACAGUGUACAGCGUGGAGCUGCGACACCAGCGAGAUCCCGGAGCAGCUUUGGAAGGAGAUGAUGAAGAAGGGAUGAUGGAAAAGAGGUCCCACAGGACCCACGACUGGCUGUGUGUUUGGUCCGGGGAGGAGCAUUUGUGUGUGAAUGCAAGCCGCCAGCAGGGGAAUCAAGGGACAGGAGAGGUCUACACACAACUUUCUCACUCUUUCCAUGUGCUGAGAGCCACAGGUGUACCUCCUAACAGUAGUCUUGAGGCUAAAUGGGUCCAGGAAGGUGCUGGAUUAUCAGUCCUGGGAGAGCUGCAGGUUGGACUUGAACAUCUUAGAGCGGAGUUUCAUGGAGGCAGGACAGACCACACCAACCCCCAGUGGGUAUUCUCCUCUAGGCUGCAGCACCAAGUCGAAGCCCUGCUUAAAAGAGGCCUGACACCCUCCUUUGAGGCUAAAGCGCAUUACCAGUCAGAAACAGAAGGACUGGACACAGGUUUGGUUCUUUACAUGGAAGAUGUGAGAGUUGCUGACAUCCUUUUAAAAGUUGGAUCAAUAAAUACAACACCUAUUUUGGUAGUGUCUCUAUGGCAACAGAUGAUGCUGCUCCAAGGACUCGUACCCACUUCCUUACAGAUGAACUGCACAGGGGACGUCACCGCAGACCGGCUCUCCGCUCACUGCUAUGGAAAUGUGGCAGACAGCCCGGUGGAGGCUCUCCUGCCUCCACAGACCUCAUUCAACGUCUCCAUCACUCAGUCUGGCUGUUCCACAGAUCUCAGCACUGUCCUGCAGGCUGAAGGAGCACAGAAAGGCAGUCUAAACCUGUCUCUAACUUGUGAUCCUCAGCUUAGUCUCCGGGCAUCUGUACAGCACUCAAUUGAACCAAUAAAGAAGCUGCAAUUUCCUACCCAUGGAGAGCUAUUCCUGAACAUCUCAACUGCCCUUCUGCCUGGUGUGGAGGUCGGCCUGGAGGUCGGACGUUGUUUCUUUAGGGGUAACGUAGGGAAAGUCAAGGCUUCACAGACAGAGACUGAGCAGACUUCUUACACUGUUAAUGUGAGCAGCUUCUGUCCUCUGCAGGGAAUGAAACUCCCUGUGUCCCUGGCCCUGCGGGGCUUCCUCAAGGUUAUUCCUUGCCAGCUAACUCUGUCCGCCUCUGUGAAGGCGGAUAAUCAGAACCUCUCUCUAGACAUGAGCCAGUCCUGCAGGAGUCCAAACCUCUCUGGGGCCCUUACUCACUCCUUUCUCUGGCUGAGUGGUCAGGGUCUACCACAGAUCAUUUCUAUGGAUGCUAGUGCUCCUGAAGGCCCUGAACAGCCUGGAAGUCUCUUCAUCAAAGUUGGGACGUGUCACAUUAGAGCCACUCAAGUUGUGGAAACCAGAGGACGAACAGAGUGGCUACUGGCUCUGGAGUCUAUGUGCCCUCUGUUACAGGCUAAUAUAAAUGGGUCAGUACAGCAGGAUCCUCGGGGUAUCUGGACACUCAUGCUGGGCACUGAUAUGGAGGGCAGAAGGGGUUUUCUGAGGCUUAAUGCAAGGGCCUGGCCAGAGCUCAGUGUGGAUGGUGAACUCAGCCAUGACCUUCCUGCUCUCAGAGAUGUGCCUAGAAACAGCAGACUGAGACUAAGCACCAGGUCAGGAAAACUACGAUUUGACGCCGAAGCCCUCAUUCAGAUGGAGGAGUGUGCCGUCACAGCCAGUGGAGCUGUGAUGUCCCAGCUGGGCCUGCAGGGGUCGCUGAUGUAUCACAACAACUGUACAAUGAUUCAGGAGUUGGGCAGUCCAGACAGGAUGCAGGCCUCUGGGUCCCUGGUUGUGUCCUCAACAUCUGCUGAAUCCCAGCUCUCAAUGGCGAUCGACAACGCCAGGUUGCACACUUUAGUGUUGAUCAAUAAAACCAAGGACGAAAAUGAAGCGACUCUUAAUCUAAACCACUCUGUGCCCCUGUUGAAGAAGCUGGGUCUCCCGCUAAACGCUGCAGUGACGAUGAAUUCUGGGAGUCACAGGAAUGGUUCACACUUUUACACAUUCAACAGCAGUGCAGGAAAUCAAAUGGUAAGUCAUGCUGUGUCUGUGGCAAAGACGUCUGACACAGUGAGAGUAAACAGUCAUUUUAGACACACAGUGAAUUGUCUGAAGAAGCUUGGAGUCUCCGUCAACAACAGCAUCGAGGUGGAGUUUGGUUCUGCUGAGGGGAAAGGCAUGAGCUUACAGUCCCAGUUUGGUGGUCAGCUGGCGGGACUGAGGCUUAAGAUGAAAAAUGUUCCCAUGACCAAAGAAAUAAGAGGAACCAUGUGGCACAGCUGGUCAUGGCUACACGACAGAGGCCUGCCAUCUAAUAUAGAGGGUCUUUGCUCCAUCCAAGGAACCUUCUCUCAGCAUCGGUCCAGGGCUCAGCUCACUGUGGAGGGACACAAGCUGCUCACAUCUGGCUUGAAUUUCAGUGGCACCAAUGGACAUUUGUCUGUUCUCCUCUCCUAUUCUCCUCCAGCUUUCAAUCAAACAAGAACUCAAUGCCAUCUGGACGCUGUCCUCACUGCUCAGUUCAAAGGCCCUCUGAGGAGCGCCUUAUUAGACAUUCGAAGCCAGGAUUGGAGGGUCAGAGCGGUGGGGGAUGUUGGUGGUUGGGGCGCACAUGGAGGAACUAAGGAGGCCAGAAUCACACUGAAACAGACAGUACAGGGACAAGCCACUCCUGCAUUUCAGGUGGAGGCCUGGGGAAGACUUACUGAGUCACAGCUGAGGUGCUCCAUGGCUGUAAACCCUGAACUCAGCACCUCACUUGCACUCAUUGUCCAGGGACACCAUGUCCCUCAUAGCAAGGACCUGAUGGUGAAGGUGGUCCAGAAUAUCCCCACAAUGCUGGUCUACCUGCCUUCUCAGAUCAAUGUCCGAACGCAGUUGAACCACUCUCAGUCCACUGUGGUGGGUUUGGUGGAGGUGAUGUCAGGCAGGAGGAAGCUGUGGGCUGUUGGAGAGCUGGCAGCAAUAGAGAGCGGAUACAGGCAACUUCUAGAGGUCAAAAACUCGUACCCACAGUUGAAGCCACUCCCCAGGACUGCUGCAGUGAGGACAGUGUACGAGGCUCGGAAAUGGAGCUACCAAGUUCAGCAAGCUGCUGUGUGGGGAAGCCAGGAGUUCAGCUUGUCUGGUCUGUACUCUGCUCCACCAGCACUGGAGAUGGGAAACCAGACAAUCAGGGUUCAGUUCACCUGCAUCCCCCGUUUGACUAAUUUGGAUGUGAAGCUGGAGCGUUCGCUAAAUGCAGGACUGGAUAGUGUUUUGCUGGACUGGAUGAGGCAUGGACAACUGGAGCAGGUCAGAGUUCUGAGCUCGUGGAAUCGCUCGGAGGACAUAAAUACAACCAAACUGGAGCUGAAACAUCCAUUCACCUCUGCGCUCAGACACCUGUCGCUGCACACACUGACGCAAAGCUCACGCAGAGACCGACGCAGCAGCCACCAGGCCCAUUUGUCAUGGGACGGUGUGGUCCCUGUCAACGUUUCUCUCAGCCUGAACAAACAGUGGCAAACCAACUCCAGCAGGGGGCAGGCAUGCGCUCUGUUUACAGCCCAACAGAUGGCCGUGUCAUCUGUAAAAGGAUGUGUCUCAAUGGCACAUGAGGGGAACUCAUUUUUCCAAAAUGCAGAAUUAAGAUGGGACAGCAGGAGCCUGAAGCAAGGCAUAAAGUACCAGAAAGCUCACCGGGGAAUGCACAGCCUUCAGGUUAACGUUGGCCUGGACAGAGUCUCUCCAGCUCCCUGUCCCUCACACACACUACUGGCCAAAGUUCAAACCAACCUCAGGGACCGCUUAGAGCACAUUGUGCUGCUGGGCCUCUGUCCUCUACAGCCUACUCUGUCAUGGUCAGGAUCCCACAGAGUGAACUCAGGCGAGGAGCUGCUUUACACUCAGUCCCAGCUGGCAGUGACAGGGCGACCGUACCACUGCAGCUUCACCCUCGCCCUUACCAACUCCUCCACUCUUCACGGGACCAACAUGUCUCUGUUCUCUGAGUCUAGGAUGGGUAAUUGUAGUGUGGAAGUGAGGGGAAGUGCCCUGUCUCAAAUCAAGGGGUCAGGUCUCCAGGUACAGGCCAGACUGGACGGCAGAGAGAAGAUCUGGCUGAACGGUAAAGUCGAGGGACGAUGCCUGCAGACUACAGCCGGUCAUAUGAAUGGUCUAGGCCUCAGUGAGGAUCUCACUGUAGCGGUAUGUGUGGGUGUAAACCACAGUUUGACGCUAGAUGUGCAGAAAAGAAGUGGCAGUGGCACAUCCGAAACUCUGGGCAGAGUGUUUCUGGGAACAGCCAAUCAGACACUAAUGCUGAGAGCAAGUGGCUGUUUGGAGAGUCUGACUGCAGCAGAGCAACGGGCGGACUAUUUGAGCUCUCAGAUACAGAUUAAACUUACGGAGAGAAUCAGGGCUUUGCAGCGUCUCCUCGUAGACUUUAGAAGACAGUCCAGAGACAGUCAGCUGCUGCAGGAGUUGAGCGCUCUGCCUCUCCGUGUUUCACAGCAAGCAGAGACUCUGCUGGGGAAGAAAGAAAAAGGCGUGCUGGCUCUGUGGCAGAGGAGCCCGCUGCGUCACUUCUUGACCGACAGCCUGCCACGCUUUCUGAGUCUGCUGCAGCACGCCUCGCUGCUGGGUCAGCAGGAACUUAGGAGGCCGCUUGCCACUCUGGCGGGUGUGUACCAGGAUGUGAAGGGCCAGAGGCUGGAGGCAAUGUGGAGGGAGGCUGUUCUGCAGUGGAAUGACAAGCUGGUGGAGGUCCAUCCUGCUCUGCUGGAGAACCCUCAGCUCAGACUGCUGUCAGAGGCCGGUGUCACCACGCUCAGCAUCGCCCUGGAUGUGGCAGGCCAGCAUGCCUACCACUGGAUUGAGACCAGGCUGGCGAUGGCUCUGUCUGGAGUCAGAAAACGGCUUGCAUCAGUCUACAAAUUCUUCCCCAGUGAAUGUUCAGUGAUUGUGUCGGUGCCGCUGCCACAGCUGCCCCGGUCAAGGACGGCCAACGCUGGGCUGAUGGAGAUCCUCCUGGAGGAGUGGAUCCUGAGACCUCUGCUGACCCUCGCCGCUGUCAGACCCACUGCCGAACUCUACCGCCUCAAAAGGAAGAUCAUGGACAGCCCCUUCACACACCAAGCUCUGUUGGUGGCAGAUCAGUUCGUAGUGACGUUUGACGGUCACUUGUAUGAGCUGCCAGGUUCGUGUCCACUGCUCCUGGCCCGAGACGUCGGCCGCGAUCCGUCGUUCACGCUGCUGCUCGGCACAGACACGCAGAAGCUCCUCCUGAUACAAAUGAAUAACCACACUAUCAGCGUUCAGCGCAACGGGCAGGUGAGGACCGACUGCAGCGGCGCCGUCAGCCACACGUUUCUCACUGAUGAUGGAGUGACAGUCAGGAAAGCAUCAAACGUGGUGCAGGUGUCCAGUCAGCGUGGGAUGUUUGUGUCAUGUGACCUGUCGCUUGAAUUGUGCAGCUUCACUCUGGAUGGAUGGUUGCAUGGUGUCUCCACCGGUCUGUUUGGGACCAACGAUAACGACGCAGGAAAUGAUUUUCCUAUGUUUGACGGAUCUCAGGCUAAAAACUUGGAGGAUUUUCUCUACACCUGGCAGAUGAAACCUACAUGCAUCAAACCUUCUGCGACAGCAGCCGUCAGUCCAGCGAGCUGUGACGCUUUGUUCUCUUCUCCCGAUUCUCCCCUCAGCUCUUGUUUCAGGGUGGUGGAUCCCAGUCAGUUCAUGUCUGUGUGUAAACUCAGCUCAUCGAGAGCACCCUGCAGAUUAGCAUUUGCUUUCGCUCACCUCUGCCAGCAGAACUACAUACCCAUGGAGGUCCCCGUUCACUGCAUGAAAGUGUAAAGGAAGGACAAGCUAAUGAAGAGCAAAAAUGGCCAGUUUCUGACCUCUGUGAGCUGCUAUAACAGACAGAUUUACUCUUUAUACCACUUUGUACCAAAAGCCUUCGUACUUUUAUGUUGUACUCCAC